AUGGAGCAUGAAAACUAUACAGUGGUUACAGAGUUUAUCCUCUUGGGAGUGUCUCAAAGCCAUGAAGUUCAGAUGAUUCUCUUCUUCAUCUUCCUGUUUUUCUAUAUGAUCAUUUUGCCAGGCAAUGCCCUCACCAUUUUUGCAAUUUGAGGGGAUUCCCAGCUGGGAUCACCCAUGUAUUUUUUCCUGGCCAAUUUGGCAUUCUUGGAUAUCUGUUACUGUUCUGUUACCCCCCCCAAAAUGUUGGCUGACUUUUUCUCACACCCUAAGACCAUCUCCUAUGGUGCCUGCAUGGCACAGCUUUUCUUCCUCCACUUCCUGGGAGCUGCUGAAGCUUUUCUGCUUGCAGCCAUGGCCUAUGACCGUUAUGUAGCCAUUUGCAAACCUCUGCACUACUCCAGGCUUGUGAGCAGGGGAGUGUGCUGUGUCCUGGUUGGAGCUGUUUGGGCUGGGGGCUUCAUCCAUGGCAUCAUUCUACUUGCUCUCAGCAUCCACCUCCCCUUAUGUGGUCCCAACAUCCUGGACAACUUCUUCUGUGACAUCCAUCAGCUGGUCAAGUUGGCCUGUGCCAACACUUACAUAGUGGAGCUGUUGAUGUACCUCAACAAUGGAGUUCUUGCGAUUCUGUGCUUUACACUUCUCCUCCUUUCCUACACUCUGCUGCUGCUGAAGCUCCGGAUACAGUCCUCCAAAGUGACUUCCACCUGUGUUUCCCACAUCAUUGUGGUUUUUGUCAUGUGUGCUCCAGGUGUCUAUGUCUAUGGAUUACCUUUCCAGACUGUUCCAAUGGAAAAAGUUGUUGCUGUUUUCCAUACAGUCAUUUUCCCUUUGACUAACCCCAUGAUCUAUACCCUGUGUAACAAGGAGAUCAAAGGCUCUAUAUGGAAGAUGCUCAGCAAACACAUGCCCUGGUGUGGAAAUUUGAAAAACAGUAGUUUGAAGUAG